GGCGGAUAACAAACCGGUGAGUCGAUCCUCUCGGUACUUCGUGAAAUUGAAAUUAUUUCAAGGGAUAAUGUAUUGGCUUCGUCGACUUGUUCAGAGCAUCCAAGCCCACGAGUUUGGCACACGUCACAAAAACAACGUUAUUGCCAAAAUCCAGGAGGUUCAGAAGAAGGGUCAGAAGGAUUACGAAGAGAACAAGCGUUUAGAGCACGAUUUCAAGCGCAUGGAGCGGAAUGCAGCACUUGCUUACGAGAAGGAUCUGGAAAGACUACACAACGAGAGAGUGUCGAAAUUGAGGGAUGAAGAAACCACUCUUCGUCAAGAGAUUGACGAGGAAGACGCCGAGAUUGCU